AUGGGUGUAAUCAUCCUGGUAUUCACAGUUACAGCAUUCUGGGUUAUUGUAGGCGUUGGUGGUCCAUUCAUUGUGCCAAAAGGACCAAAUCGAGGAAUAGUCCAAACGAUGAUUGUAUUAACCGCUUGUUGUUGUUGGCUUUUCUGGAUUUUGGUUUAUUUGCAUCAGUUAAAUCCCCUUAUUGGUCCUCAGUUGCCAGUGAGGACAAUACGUUGGAUUUCGGAGAAGUGGGGUGAUGCGAAGGAACUUGUUCCAUCUUAA